CUCUUCUUUUCCGCAAGGCUCGCCGCAUGUUCAACUGAGGUCCCUCACAGCUUCGCCUUCGGCCUGUUGCUUUCCAUUCUCCCACUACCGCGCCACUCUUUUCGCGGGCAUUCGUUUUCGACAGAACAUAAACAAAUACCAUCGGCGACUCACCUAUUACACCUUUGCGUAGGAGAUAUUGGGUAAUCUACACCAAAAACAUUGGGAUAUCUGAAAAGAAAGACCAAAGAAAAAAGUGUUCAAAAUGAGAGCUGUUACAAUUGCCGCUGCUGGUGCAGCUGUCGUCGGAUCUGUUUCUGCUUCAAGCCAUGUCAAGCACAUGCACCAGAAACUGCACGUCGCUCGCGACACCUGGGGCGACUGGAACUCGACCGCGGCCGCCGCCACGACGACGACAACAACGACGAAGAAGCCCGUAGAGGCUGCCACUACCACGUCCGCUGUGGCCUGGGGAGAUUGGGACACGACUACCACGACCACCACGACCACCAAGCCCGUCAAGCCCGCCACCACCUCCAGCAGCUCCGCUGAUCCUUGGGCGGAUUGGGAAUCGACGACCACCACCACGAAGCCGGUCGACUCUGCCACCACGACCAGCGCCGCGUAUCCGUGGGCUGACUGGGAAUCAUCCACCACGACAACCACCAAGCCCGUUGAGCCUGCAUCAACCAGCAGUGGUGAGCCUUGGGUAGACUGGACGACGACGACGACGCCUGCCAAGCCUGACGACUCUACCUCGACCGUUACCGUGACCUGGGGUGACUGGGAGUCGACUUCUUCCACCCCCGCUGAGGCUGUCACCACAAACACCGAGACAUGGGUGGAAUGGACCACGGGUCCUUCGGGUGAGGAGACAACCACGACGGUCACUCUCAAAUCGACAAAGACCGCCACCAAGUACGUCGAGGCUCUCACCUCCGGCCCUGCCGCGGUCACGAGCGUCCUCACCGCCACCGUCAUCCCGGAACUGAGCUCCACCGGAUGGUUUGGUUCUUCUCUCAGCCCUGGUGCCGAGAGCUGUGUUAUGGAGGUUCACACUUCCUACGGUGCUGCUACAUGGCACCCGACUCCUGGUGUCGCGACCACCACCACGACUUCCCCUGCUGCUGCUUGGACCACUACCACGACUGUGGCCGCAACCACGACCACCACUCCUGCCUGGCCCGAGUGGACCACUACCACCUCUGCCCAAGGUUGGGGAUGGACUCCUGAAUCUCCCAGCGCUGCUACUACCACCACUUCCGCCCAAGGUUGGGGAUGGCCUUCCGAAUCUCCCAGCGCUGCUACUACCACUACCACCCAAAGCGCCGCCGGUGGUUGGGGAUGGGGUGCUUCUGGCUCUGCCUCCGCCUCGGGAUCUGCCAGCGGCACAAACGGAUGGGCUCCCAAGCCUAGCGGUGGCAACCACGGUGGCUCUGGCGGUUCGGGUGGCAUCUCCGCCAACGGCAACUCCUGGGCCAUGACCUACUCGCCGUACACCUCUAGUGGUGGCUGCAAGGACGCCGGCACCGUCGCCUCCGACCUCGCCGUCAUCGCACAAAAGGGAUUCUCCUCGGUCCGCAUCUACAGCACCGACUGCAGCGCCCUCGAGAACGUCGGAACCGCCGCCCGCAAUAAUGGCCUGAAGAUCAUCCUCGGUGUCUGGAUCUCCAACACCGGUAUCUCCGGCGCCCAGGGCCAGAUCAGCGACAUCAUCAGCUGGGGUCAGUUCGACCUCGUCGAGCUGAUCGUCGUCGGUAACGAGGCCGUCUUUAACGGCUACUGCACCGCCUCCGAACUCGCCGGCUUCGUGUCGAGCAGCGCCUCCUCCUUCAAGUCGGCCGGUUACACCGGUCUCGUCACCCUCACCGAGCCCCUUUCCGUGUGGCAAGAGAGCGGUGCCGCCUCAGCCUUCCUCGGGGCCGUCGACGUCUGCGGUGCCAACCUGUACGCCUUCUUCAACGCCGACGUCACCGCCGACAAGGCCGGGUCCUUCAUCCAGUCCGAGAUCGACCUCAUGAACGGCAUCUGCGGUGACAAGGCGGUUUACGUCUUGGAGUCCGGGUGGCCCCACUCCGGUAACUGCAACGGCGCCGCCUGCCCCAGCCCGGAGAACCAGGCGACCGCGCUCAAGGGUAUUCAGAACACCGUGGGCGCUCAGGUCGUCUUCUUGAGCUUCGAGGAUGAGCCGUGGAAAGCACCUGGACAGUUUGACGUGGAGCAAUACUGGGGUUGUGCCGACGUCUUUUAGAGGAAGAAAUAUGAAUGGCAUAUGACAAGACACACUUCAUCGGAGGGAUUCUCUUCCCCCCUUUUUUUCUGCUGAGCAUAUUUUUUGCGAGAUUGGAGGCACAUGAAAUCGGUGGUGACCAGCGAGCAAGCAAGCGAACACACAUGUUGAUCUGCACAAAACAAAAGAAAAGAGAGAAGAAUGCCAUGCACACAUUUUUGUACAGAGAGAAGUGGCUUUUUUUUUUCAAACGCACGCACCAUGGCAUUGCUUUUCCCAUUUUUUCCUUGUUUAUAUGAGGUUGAUUCUUUCCCAAGUAUUUUUUGGUCCUUUUUUUGCGCAUCUUUUUUCUUCUUCACAUGUACAAUGUCUGAAUAAGUCUACCUACCUACUCGUCCAAUGUCCACCCGUUGCUCCUGCAUGCUUUCUGUCUGUCUGCAUACCCACCUACCUCUUACUGUACGUAUAUUCGCUCGGAGGAUGAUGCCCUGAAGUUGUCUUCGAAGAAAGGGGAUUGUGUCCAAAUUUCCAAAAAGUAAUGAACUUCCAAAACAAACAGAACCUACCAG